AGUUAUAUUAUUGAAACGAAAAUAAUUAGAUUUUUCACAAUUGAAAUAUGCCACCGAACGUGUCAAGUACAAACCAAUGCCAUCAAAAACAAUGUGAAGUAGACCAGGCACAUUUAGAGUGUCCUAAAGAAUUGCAAGCAAAGAUUGUUGCUGAAACAAAAGCUCUUAAUAAGCGAUUAGGUAUAGCUAACAAGAUUUAUAUGAAAAACGGUGUGUUCCGAUUUGAAACUGAAAUCAUAUGGAAAAAUGCAAUUGCAAUAACUAUGCUACAUAUCUUUGGUGUAUAUCAUAUAUUAACGUUUUCUUAUAUGCAGCAUUGGAAGGCAUUUGUAUGGGGUUAUUUAAUGGGUAUGGUAGGAGGAUUUGGCGUAACAGGAGGUGCACAUCGAUAUUGGACCCAUCGAUCAUAUAAAGCGACUGUACCAUUUCGUAUACUAUUAAUGGUUUGCUAUUGCUCAGCUGGACAGAAUAGUAUUUAUGAUUGGGUUCGCGAUCAUCGAGUACACCAUAAAUUUUCUGAAACUGAUGCGGAUCCUCAUAAUAGCAAUCGAGGCUUCUUUUUUGCACACGUAGGUUGGUUGAUGUUACGAAAGCACUCUGAAGUUAUCAGGAAGGGAAGAGAAAUUGAUAUGAGUGAUGUCCUUGCUGAUCCUGUUUCUGCUUUUGCCGAAAAAUACUUCGUGCCACUUAAGUUACUUCUGGCUUUUGUCUUACCGGUUUUAAUACCAGUGUACCUCUGGAAUGAAAGUUGGUACAUUGCUAUUGUAUCCCAAUGGUUCGUUCGUUACAUGCUUUUGCUAAACAUUACUUGGAGUGUUAAUAGUGCCGCACACUUAUGGGGAAAUAGGCCUUAUGAUAAGAACAUCUCACCUGUAGAAAACAAAUACGUAUCCAUUGUGGCAAUGGGCGAAGGAUGGCACAACUAUCAUCACGUUUUUCCUUGGGAUUACAAAGCUGCGGAAUUUGGUAACUAUAAUCUCAACCUGACAACAGCAAUAAUUGAUUUUUUUGCUUAUAUUGGGUGGGUCUAUGAUCGGAAACAACCUUCAACGGACCUUAUUCAGACAGUAAUUACAAACAGAGGCGACGGAUCACAUAGAAUACAUCAAGAAAUCGCAGAACGACAGAUAACAACAAAUUAAUUACAUAUU